ACUAGCCAUUCUCAAAACCUCAACUUCCAACAUAGCAUUCUCCAAAAGAAAAAAAGGUUUCAAUAAGGUUGGUUAGGUGGUCAUGGUGAUGGUGGUAAGUUGUGGGCGUGCCUGGCUCCCUGUAUGCCAUUUGCAAGAGCUCAUCAACACAGUUUUGGUGGGGCUUGGUGGAUGGCGUGCGAGGAGCCAUGCAUGCUUCUGCCACCCAAUAUCAACUUGCCAUCUUCCCUUCCUCAUAUUGAAUCUCUGUGCUUCUUUUAGGUUGCAAAACUUAGAAUGUUGCCAUUCUCGCAGCAGCAGCAGCACUAUGGCCCUGGAAGUGAAAGGGCUGCCUGCUGCUAUUCAUUCAAAUAUAGUUUUCAAGUUCAGAACUUGGGCUCCCACUACUUGUACUUUGCAGGCUUGUGGUGGUUGAGCUCCUUGAAGAACUAGUCUGAGAUGUGUACCGUUUGUGCAAUCUAAUCCCCAUUAGAUCACUGAGGCCGGCGCUUGGCGGUUUCUUGCAC